AUGAUGGGGCUAUUGGCCAAGACACCUGCAGUCCUGUCACUUAAUGGUCAACCGCAAGUGACUUUGCACGUAAACAAAGACAAUGACAUUGAACAGAUACAACAUGGGGAGACCUUGACGUCUGUGGGUGAAUCGACACUGGAGCUCAUGAAACUCUUGGGGUCUUUAGUGCGACUGCGUAUCUCGGAUGGCCGCGUAAUUGUCGGUCGUUUUCACUGCUUUGAUAAGCACCAGAACGUGAUCCUGAAGGACGGACGAGAGUUCGCACCCACACGCACUGGUCUGAGUAAAAACAACAAGGAUAAAAGAGCCAUGGCUGUUCAAUUGGACGCUCGAGAUCAGGAGGAAGAGACGCGUUUUGCUGGUCUGUUGCUGCCUCCAGGAAGUCGUUCACUUGGAAUGACACUUGUACCGGGCAAGCACAUUGUGUACAUGAAGUCGAUUGUCCUCGAGAAGUUGAGCUUCUUUUUCGUCAAUGAACGUAUCGACGUUAGUGAUCAUCUCUUUUACGAGGAUGAAUUUGGCAAAGUGAUGCGCUAG